AUGCGCCCGCACGCGUCGACCGCCAAGGCGCUCAACCGCGGUGCCUUUGUCGUCGUGCUCUCGCCCGCCAAGGCGUUGAACGAGCGCCCCGUGAGCGCUCGGCAACAGGCGAUCGUGCGAGAGCUCGUCAGCGUGCCCGAGUUCGACGACCGCGCGCGCGCGACGGCGAGAGCGGCGUCGAAGACGUUGAACGCAGGGAAGAUAAAGACCCUGAUGGGGGUCUCGGACGCCAUCGCGACGCUGAACGCGAAGAGAUUUAAAGAGUUUGAGGACGCCGAACGCAAACCGUGCGCGCUGUCCUUUGACGGUCCGGCGUUCAAACACUUGGACGCGGAGACGCUGGACGCGGACCGAGCGGUUUAUCUCUCGCAACAUCUUCGAGUGCUGAGUGGAAUGUAUGGGAUCCUGAGAGCGUACGACGCGAUCGCUCCGUACAGGUUGGAGAUGGGCACGCGCUGGGCGCCGAAAGCCGACGCGAAGGACCUGUACGAGUUCUGGGGCGCGGAUAUCGCCAACUCCAUCGCGGACGAUGUCGAAGAAAUGGCAAGAACGACGCAAACGAAACCGUUCGUCGUGAAUUGCGCGUCGCAGGAGUAUUGGAAAUCGGUCAAGUUGGAGUCCCUGACCGAGCGCGGGAUCGACGUGUAUACGAUGUCCUUUCCGGGCCCCGCUGUUUACGCAAAGCAAGCGCGUGGGGCCAUGGUUCGACACUGCGCCGACGCUCUCGUGGGCUCCCCACAAGAGCUCAAAGCGUUUGUGGGCACCGAUGGGGCUUGGAGCUACGACGAGGCGGCGUCUUCGGAGUUCAACUUUGUCUUCAAACGAGGCUCCGCGCCCGCGAAAGCCAAGCCUGAGCCGCCGACCAAAGUCAAGCGCGCGCCGCAGAUCAUGGCCAAGCGCGCGCCGCCGAAGAAGAUAAAAUCCGAGGAGUAG